AUGCCGAAAACAUCGACCAAAAGCCCUCCCAGUCACUGGCGUCCAAGCCCUUAUGGGGCCUUCUUUCCGAGCUCUCGCUGGCAGAGUUCCUCUUCCUUGCCUACUACUCCAACGGGCUCAACUGGGAACGACGAAAAUCGCCCUCUUCUACCUGCCCAGCAGUCGCCCGCUCGACCCAAGGCCUUUCAGCUACCCCCUGUUGUCACGACUCCCUCCCUCGAAGCCCGUACCCAAUGCACCAAAGUCCCUGUCAUCGCCGGUGUCGAUACGAUCCCUCCGCCCCCAAACGGCCCCCAGGUCGUCAAACCCCCUCAAGUUCAAACUCCGAAUGGACUCCCUGAUCGACGAUUCUUCGCGCGCGAUUUUGCUCCCUACCUACCAAAGCCGAUGCCAACCUCCAAACCUGAGAUCAGACCUGAGCCCAAGCCCAAUAUCAAGCCGGAGAUCAAACCCGACAUGAAGCCCGACAUGAAGCCCGAGAUUAAACCCCGGGCAGACUUAACCAUGGUCGACAGCAUGGCUCUGCAAGCCGUCAUCCGUCAAGGCUACGGCACCCAGCAACCUCCCGGGCUAGCCAUCCACAGCAACAGCAGCGGCGGAGGCGUGCAGUUCAACGUCUUCACCAAAGUCCCCACCGUUUCGAAGACCAUUGCUUUUAACGUCAAGAACGAAGAAGCUCUGGUCCAAGCCUACCGACACGUCAAGUCCAUGAACCCAUCUGCCGAUGUUGGCGGCAUCAUGUUCUGUGUUGCCCCUAAAGGGGGCUCCUUCACCUCCACCCAGAAUAUUGACUGGAGUUCUUUAGCUGGCCGUCCCGAUCACAGCGGCCACAACCACAACUCCUCCCGCCCUCAUUCACAAUACUAUCGACCAAGCCCAUAUGACCGACCCUGGACUCCCAGGUAA